UCUUAACUUUGAAGAUCUACUAAAAGUAUUUCGAUCUGAAUCGUAUCUACUUGACUUUGCUACAACAGAAGAGAUAUCGCCUUGCAUUCAUUCAUUCAUUUAUUAAGUUAUCGAACGGGAAUAAGAGAGUAGUAACCAUGUCGCAAAACCCCAACCACGAAGGCAUCUUCGAAAAGCUCUUCGGCCACCACCACCACAACCACCACAACCAAACCCAGCCCCAGGAGAAUAAUAAUCCUCAACAUCACGAUGACGAUGACAUCGGGGCCAGUGAACGACAAUACUCGACGCAACAGAGCACGGUGGCGCAACAGGGCACGCAACCCUCGCAUCAUGGCGAGGAAAGUGAGAUGGAUAAGUUGAAGGAUUAUUUGCAUGAGGAUGAGGAGUUGGAGAGGGAGGGGCAGACGUAUGGGGGGUUGAUGUGAUGGUUUCUGAAAUUGGGGUUUGGUGAUACGUGUGGGUAAUUGAGUAAAUAGGUUUGUUGGAUGUAAUAUGGGGCGGGGGUGUGUUGGGUUAAGGCGUUUUGUAUUUAGUGAUCUAUGUCUGUGUCUUGGGUUAUCUCUUAGUUUUAUUUUCGGGGUGCAUAAUGGGUGGACUAUUUAUCACGUUUGGUAUAUAGCUGUAGUUAAUCAUUAACGCUAUAAAGACGUCCC